UCAUGGGCAGCUCACAGUCCACAUCAGAGGAGCAGGAUUACCAGCUCCUCGCUGACCGGACCGGCUUUUCUCUGGAGCAGAUCAGAAUCCUGCAUAAAAGGUUUAAGCACCUCACCCACGACAAGGACACCUUAAGGAGAGAGGACUUUGAGGACAUCAGUGAUUUGACAUUCAACCCUAUUAGAAGCCAGAUUGUUGAAGCCUUCUUUGAUAAGAGGAACUUUGGCCAUAAUGAAGUGGGCAGUGUGGAGGAGAUUGGCUUCGAGGAGUUCCUCACUGUGAUGUCACACUUCAGGCCGACCAGACAGUAUCUGACCGAGGAGGAGAGAGACAAGAUCAGACAGGAUAAACUACGCUUUCUCUUCAACAUGCAUGACAAAGACAAUGACGACACCAUCACUUUGGAUGAAUACAGACAUGUAGUUGAAGAGCUGCUGUCCAGCUAUCCAGAGAUAGAGAGUGAAACAGCCAAAGCCAUUGCAGAUGCUGCUAUGCUUGAAGUGGCGAGUGUUACAAUGGGUCAAAUGGCUCCAGAUGAGCUUUAUGAGGGAAUCACCUUUGAGCAUUUUCUGAAGAUCCUAAAAAAUGUCGAGAUUGAGACAAAGAUGCAUGUCCGCUUUCUGAACGUGGACACGACGACGAUGAACUGUGUAAAGUGAAGUUUCCUCUUCAGAACACAAAGCUUCUACUUGUGCUGCCAAAGGUCAUCAACAGUCCAGUUCUUCCCCCUCAGUUCCUCCUACAGUAUCUCCAGACUCACAGUGCACAUGUAUCAACCCCGCAGUGUUGUUCAACAAUGUGACGUGCCUGAACAAGUUGAACAAGUUUCUAUGGAAAUAAUCCACAUUCCUGGGUUGUGGCUGAUAUACAUGUGAGACGUAUGCUGGUGUGAAGUAAGAGAGUCAACCACAGGAGAUGCAGCCCAGCCCAUUUAAAGGAAUACAAGGCACAAUUCUAUGGAGAUAUCUUGGCAAAAGAAAUCAUCUCAAAUCUAGUGAAUAUAUAUGUAAGAAUUCUCAGUUCCACUCUAUGUUAAGUGUCUCCAAUAACUGUGUAGUUACACGUGAACAACGUACCACUGUUGUCUGAAGAAAACCUUGUAUCUCCAAAAGGGUAACUUUAUGGGA